GAUGAUCUUCUACUCUACAGCACAAAUAUGAAAGUCUGCCUUUUGAAGAAAAACUUUAAAUUAAACACCUCGUUGCCCACCAGCCGCAGGCUAUUGUUAUAAACCAAAUCUCGGGUAAAAAUAAGCAGUUUCAACGUAGAGCGGCUCUCCGGGAUAAAAGAGGCUAACGUUAACUGCUAGCUAGCUUGUCAGAGAAGGCCGUUUUUUGCUUCCGGUGUGUUUUAUUCGAGGGGAUGGUACUUGCCUGUCUAAGAACCAACAGACUUUCAGGACCUAAGCAUCUUUCCGAGGGGAUUACCAAACAUGAAAGCAGCAGGACAACGCGGUGAAGUUGGGGGAAUUGAACAGGAGGCUAUAACGAAUUGAGGAGAGCAGGCAACCUCCAAAUGACGUCGAGAUGGCUUUAGGUGGGACGCUUCUGCCAUCCAUAUCCACGUUCGCCAGCGGACCCACUGUCAAGAGUAAAUCCAUAGGAAGUGCCAAUUUAAGAUGGAAGGAGGAGUUGUCCCAUCUUAAGAAACCCAGUGUGCCAACCGGAAGCAGCUGCUCUGACCCAGACCAUCCCACUGCAACAAGCACAACAAGCCCCAGCAUGUCCAAGAAAGACACAGAGCCUGACCUGGACUUGGACUACGACUUCAUUCUGUCUAAUUCCAUUCUGCAGCAGCAGCUGCAGCAGCAACAGCAGCAGCAGCAGCAGCAGCAGCAGCAGGAGGAGGCCAUGGCAUGCAUCUCUGGCCAGACCCUGUCUCCUUCCCCCAGCUCCUUCUCCUCAUCUUACCCUCUCCCCUCCCCUCAGGGCACUGCCAGUGAGCUCCUCUAUACCAUCCCAGAUAUCAGUGACGUCUCGCCCUCUGGAGGCUUUGUGGCAGAGCUCAUGAGACCUGAGUUGGACCCGGCAUACCUCCACCCCACUAGCCUCCACGGCAAGUUUGUGGUAAAGACAACAAUGGACAUGGGAGAAUACAGCCUAGGCGUGAACGUAAGCAAGGCUUGCGUUACUGCUGUGUCAGACCCAACUCCUUCACGUGCCUCACCGUCCUUUGCAUGCCACAGGAUAAAACAGGAGAACCCCAGUAACUGCACCAUCUCGCAGCCCAUGGACCUACACCUGGCUGGGGUAAACUCCCAGGGCCGAGGGAGCCAGCAGCAGCGCCCAUGCCAGUUAGAGCUACAUGGCUUUCCUGUUGGAGGGAGAUCCAUGACAGGCGGCAGGUUAUCCUCAUCCUCUUCCCUCUCCCCAGACAAUCCUCUGAGCCGGGAGCACCAGGUUCUGGGACACCCCCACUCUCAGAUCCCUCUAGCUCCCCAGGGAUACCACCAUAGCUCCCCGCAGGGCUACACUUCCUACCCUCAGCCAUCCUCUCUGCAGUACCAAGAGCCCCUCAUGAUCUCCAGUGGGGACUGCUUGCCAGAGGAACCAAAGCCUAAACGUGGUAGGCGCUCCUGGCCCAGGAAGAGAGUUGCCACACACACGUGUGACUAUGUUGGCUGUGGGAAAACGUACACAAAGAGCUCCCACCUCAAAGCACAUCAUCGCACGCACACAGGGGAGAAGCCUUACCACUGCGACUGGGAGGGCUGCGGUUGGAAGUUUGCACGUUCGGACGAGCUCACACGCCACUACAGGAAACACACCGGCCACCGGCCAUUUCAGUGUCAGAAAUGCGACCGGGCCUUCUCGAGGUCAGACCACCUUGCUCUCCACAUGAAGAGACACUUAUGAGACUUGGCGAUGGAUGAAGGCUCCAGGGGG